GCGUGCGGAGAGGAAUCACCACAGCCUCUCUCUGUCUGUGUGUGUGUGAUUGUAGUUUAGCCGGACAAACAGAGGAGAUCACAGUCGUUCAUACCUCGGAUGUGUGUGGACGUAAAUUAUGCGUUUUAAGAACGAGCCGGGGCAAAUAUGCAAUGGAGGUCACUCGUAGUUGGUCUGGUCGUACUGAGGCUGUCCCUCAGCUGUGUGCUGUGGCUAGCUUUCGGACUCGGACCCAACGUUAGCCUGGGCUUCAACUUCCCACUUAGUUUCAGUUUGCAGAAAUUAGACCAGUUAUUCAGGGACGAAAAGGCGACCGACCAGAGCGGCAACUCGUGGUCUCAGCGGAUCCACGGCCGCAGACAUGAAGAGGAGGCGACCACCUGUACGAAGGUGGGAGAGGAGUCACCCAAGAGGUCCUACCUGAGCUUCUUCGACAGCAACAAGGACGAGUACGCCCGGAAAUACAGCUCCUUCCCGGACACACUGAAGGCAAAAAUGAAGGACAUGGCCAAAGAAAUGUUUUAUUUCGGGUAUGACAAUUACAUGAAAUAUGCCUUUCCCGAGGACGAACUGAACCCCAUUGACUGUGAAGGGAGGGGACCAGACGUGCAUAACCCGUCAAACAUCAACAUAAACGACGUCUUGGGGAACUACUCCCUUACCCUGAUUGACACCUUAGACACCCUACUAGUGCUCGGAAAUGUGACAGAGUUCCAGAAGGCUGUCAAGCUGGUUAUAGAUACUGUAUCUUUUGACAAGGACUCAACGGUGCAGGUGUUUGAGGCAAACAUCAGGAUCCUGGGAAGCCUUAUCUCAUCUCACAUCCUGCUGACGGACCCGAAACAUCCAUUUGGCGAGGUCGGCUUUGAUGGUUACGAUAAUGAGCUGCUUCACUUGGCUCAUGACUUGGCUGUCCGCUUACUGCCGGCCUUUGAGAACACCAGCACAGGCAUUCCUUACCCCAGGGUGAACCUGAAGACUGGAGUUCCUCCUGAUAGCAUCAAUGAGACUUGUACGGCAGGAGCUGGGUCCCUGCUGGUGGAGUUUGGGAUUUUGAGCCGCUUGAUUGGAGAUUCGACAUUUGAGUGGGUGGCAAGGCGAGCUGUCAGAGCUCUGUGGAACCUGAGGAGCAAAGAAACCGGUCUGUUAGGGAAUGUAGUUAAUAUCCAAACAGGCCAGUGGGUUGGCAAGCAGAGCGGUCUGGGAGCCGGUAUGGACUCCUUCUAUGAGUAUUUGCUCAAAUCGUACAUCCUGUUUGGUGAGAAAGAGGACCACAGGAUGUUCCAAGCUGCCUAUGAGAGCAUUCAGAACCACAUGAGGAGAGGGAGAGAGUCAUGUAAUGAGGGAGAAGGUGACCCACCUCUUUAUGUUAAUGUGAACAUGUUCAGUGGUGAAAUAAUGAACACUUGGAUCGACUCACUUCAGGCCUUCUUUCCUGGGCUGCAGGUGCUGAAUGGUGAUGUCGAUAAUGCAAUUUGCCUGCACGCCUUCUACUAUGCCAUCUGGAAGCGCUUUGGGGCUUUGCCAGAGAGAUACAACUGGCAGCUGCAGGCUCCUGAUGUGCUCUUCUACCCUUUGAGACCAGAGCUGGUGGAGUCGACCUAUCUGCUAUACCAGGCGACCAAAAAUCCUUUCUAUUUGCAUGUUGGAAUGGAUAUUCUUCAGAGCAUUGAGAAAAAUACCAAAGUCAGAUGUGGGUACGCCACUCUCCACCAUGUCGUGGACAAAUCCAAAGAGGAUCGCAUGGAGAGCUUCUUCCUCAGUGAGACAUGCAAAUACCUUUACCUGCUGUUUGAUGAGGACAACCCACUUCACAAAUCCGACAACAAGUACAUCUUCACUACAGAGGGCCAUGUUGUGCCUAUAGACAAGCGCUUCAGGGAGAAACAAUGGAACGACUUGUUUCCCUGUGAAGAGGCAGUGCUGGCAGACCGAAAGCCAAACAACCGGCCACCACCAAGCAACAGCAGCAAUUGCAACAGGAUCCCAGAGGAGCGACGGUACACUCUACCAUUGAAGAGCGUCUACAUGAGGCAGAUCGAUCACAUGGUGGGACUUUUCUGAGUAGGAGGAUGCAUGAACAGGCCUUCAGUACAUCCCCGCACCACCCUCGGGUGCGGAUGCAGUGGGGUUAAAAAGGAUCCACUUUUGGUCAAAAUCCUCGUCCCAUCUGUGCCACUGCUUCAGAUCCAGACAGGAAACUGACACUAAAGCAAACCUGAGAAAGCAGCUUGAUCACUUGCUGUAUUACGUAAAGGUCUGUGUAAAGGUCUGUGUAGGUUUUUUGUUCUUUGGUGGGCGAGCAUGUGGUCAACAAAGGUGAAAAAAAAUUGUUCUGGAAAAUGAGGAGUCAUGCUUCGUUACCGUUUGCCUGGUGACGAAUCGAGAUUGUGCAAGUGGAUUUUAAAAAUGACCGGUGUGUUUUUGUCUGUUUAGGUGUUGGUUCAGGUAUGAGUGUGUGUACUCUCUCUCUCUGUGUGUGUGUGUGUGUGUGUGUGUGUGUGUGUGUGUGUGUGUGUGUGUGUGUGUGUGUGUGUGUGUGUGUGUGUGUGUGUGUGUGUGUGUGUGUGUGUGUGUGUGUGUGUGUGUGUGUGUGUGUGUGUGUGUGUGUGCGUGCAUAUUUGUUAUUACAGCUGAGCUGUGAAUCAUAAUGUGUUACUGGGAACAGUGCCAUCUAGCCACACAUGUACAAUGUAUAGCCUAUAAAAAAACAAUAUUUCUCUUGAUUAGUGCCUCUUUGCAGUUGAUUCAAUUGACUAUAUCAGUGCUUCGAAAUAAGGGCUGCACAUUAACAAAUACUGACAGUGAGAAAAAGGCUCAGGAUGGCUCGCUGUUUUAAAGUGCCUUCAAUUUUUCUUGAUCUUUCUGGAUGCGAAACAGCGCAUAUUAUUUCUGGGUAACAUUGUAUGUUUUGAGGCCAUUGUCGAUAUUGCACAAUAGAUGUGAUUCCAUGUGUAUGAACUGUUUUACACUGAUUAUGACAUUAAGCUCAUUUAUUUUUUUCUAACAAGACGAAACAAGCCAUAAAAUGUAUUUUUUAAUGUCAAUGAGCAAAAAAGGUGUUUGUUUUCUGUCAGAUGUAUUCAUACACAGACUCUCCUGCAUAGUUUUAAUCUUGUUUAGAGCAGAUUGAAGUUUCCAUUUGCUGUUUCUUUGUUUCUCUGUCACAUAAUUGCACAUCAUCAUACCCAUUAAUUGCCAUGUGGUGAGAACUCAGGGUUAAAAGGAAAAAUUAAAAUCAAUGAAUGCUUUCAUAAAAAAUACUUUCUCGAAAUGUUGUUGCCUACAAUGUCUUAGGAUUGUCUUAGGUAUUUAGAUUGCAAAUCUUCCAACUUGGUUAUCUGAGAUCAACGAAUAACCGCACUGAACUGAAGUACAGUUGUACUGUGAAUAUUCAUUAUUGUUCCAAACAAACAGAAAUCUUGUGUGAUGUCUCCUCAACUGUGAUGUUUGAUUUGUGUACAGCUCUACUGAGGUAUCUGUUCUGGGCUGGUUCAUAUUUUACCAAACAUCCUGAGUGUCUGUAAAGCUCAGCAGAGCUUCAGGCGGCAUGGCUCGAUUACAUCACAGCAUCGGCAUCUUCUUUGGCUUCAGGAGACAGCUGUUCAUAUUCUCAAGUGUUGUCAAAACUGCUCCAGGCCACAGGAAUGAUAUCUCUGAGUUUUAGAUUGGCCGACAUACCCUCAAUCACUUUGUCUCAGAUUAUCUUCAAAGAAAUAGUGUGACAUUUUGGGAAUUAAGCUUGCUAAGCGUAACUUGCUGAGAGCUAGAUGAAAAGGUCACAGCCACUUUGUACCAUUUUUGGGACCCGUUUCACAAAUGUAAAUGUGUUAGAAUGGCUUGCACACAGAUCACAUAAUGAUUUAAUUUCACAAAUGUGUGUUCCAGAAAUUGCAGAUAUAUGCAACUCGUGCAGGACUCUGUGAUGCUCAUGCGCUUGUCAGCAGUUUGUUGUUAGUUUUGUUUAGUAAAACACAAAAAUGAAUUGGAAAGGAAUUGAUCUCUGGGCCCCUGUAUGUUAAUCCACCCUCAGCAACUGGUUAGGUGAACUGGAAAACAGGAAACGGGGAAAGGGCUCUCAGGCUAUUAAAAAAAAAAAAAGAACAAGAA